UGUCGAUUCAGUCACACUCGUAAGAGGAGCAAACACUCAUCGGGAACCCGCUGUCAUGCCGCAUGAUGCCGCGUCGCCCCCAACGACGUCAACGGCAGUGACAUCUCCACUCGUGCCCGGUGCAUCGCCCUCGUCCUUGGCGUCGUCGGUGCCGUGGCUGGAGCUCUUGCGAUCGCCCGUCGUGCUCAAAACUGCUGCCGUUGCAUUCGCUGUCGGCGCUGUCGGCACUGCCCUGCUAUUACAACUGACUCGCCGUAGGAGAUUGCCCUCGGACCCCGCCGCAGCCACAGCCACAGCCACAGCCACGACAGCGGCGGCGGUGACCCAGCCUCUCUUUGAUCUGCUGGAGAACGGGAACGGAAGCGCGGCCGCCUCAUCCAGCCCUGCUCCUGCUACUCCAAGCCAAGCACAUCAUCCUCAGCAGCAGCAGCAGCAGCAGCAGCAGCAGCAGCAGCAGCAGCAACAACAACAAGGCUCAGCCCAGCCGUCGCGCGUGAGUGCAGCGCAGACCCAGGCUGAAGGCCAAGACAUGCUCGAUUUGCUGUACGCGAUCGCCGAGGACCAGUCAACACGCAAUGGUACUUUCCACCACGGCGUGACGUGCAAUGCGUGUGGCAUGUCGCCAAUCACGGGCAUACGGUUUAAAUGUGCCAACUGCAUUGACUUUGACCUGUGUGAUACCUGCGAAGCCACGGCCAACCACCACUUGGCACACGUAUUCAUCAAAAUUCGCAUCCCCAUCCCGCCACUCUCCAACCCACGCGCCGUGAUCUUGCCUCAACUAUACCCAGGAGGCCGCAAAGAGAUUAAGGGCAAACUGAGUUGGAAAGACACGCGAUUAAUCCAGCAGAGAACGCAUUUUGAAGCCGCUGAAAUUGACGUUCUCUUCCAACAAUUUCAAGUGCUGUCGACCGUGUACACCGAUCAACAUGAUGGCGGCCUCGAUCGUACAGUGUUCCGACAAUGCCUUGGCAAUGUUGGAGCGUCAUCGAACAUUUUGAUUGAGGCGCUUUUCAACUUUUUCGACGCCAACAACGACGGCGUCAUUUCGUUCAUCGAGUAUGUCGUCGGCCUGUCCAUUCUCACAAAGGGCACGCUUCAAGAGCAAUUGCCAGCCAUUUUCCGAGGAUAUGACCCGCAGAACACGGGCUACAUCUCACGGGAACAACUCACGAGCGUCCUUCGAGCGCGAUUCUUGCUGCACAUGGAUAUGGUGCGCGAGGUGAUUCACGGAAUCGAAGAAGACGUGUUGCACGACUUUGACGACGAAAACGGCAGCAAGCCGCUCUCUGCCACCUUCACUGCUCCCAUCCCGACAAACAUGAGUCUUCCAGACUUGGCCCCGCGGCCACCCAAUGCUGCCCCCAUCGCAAUGGCCUCUGCCUCUUCAUCCUUGUCCGUCGACAUGAUUGAACAAAUCGAGCGAGCUGCGGCCAUGUCCAUCAGCGAAGCGCAGUCUGGAGACUAUCCGCGGACGCUUCUCUCUUCCAGUAGCAGCGCUUCACGAGCAGACCCCACCGAACCGGCGGUGAGGGAACUCCGGAUAAUAGAUGAACUUGGGCGCCUUGUGCCCAUGCAGGAGGUGCAGGAGGAGCAGGAGGAGCAGGAAGAGCAGGAAGAGAACGCAAAAAACCAGCUCGUCCAUGAGCGACAGCCUGAAUCCUCUAUCCUCUACCACAGGCACCAUUCCUGCAGCAAGUAGCUCCUUGGGUGCUGAACCGAAUGCGCUGGCGGACACCGACGCCGAUGUGGAGACCAACACCAGUGCUAUCGCCGAAAAUGACGCGAUAGCCGCUGAAACUCGCUCAAUGCCCGAAAGCCACUCUGGUGCAGACACCACCGCUUCCAGCGCGAAUGCUGCAGGUGCGGCUGAGGAACUCGCUGGAGCCGGUUUCACCGAAACCAACAACGCUGCUGUGGAUGAAGAGCAUACUGUGGAUGAAGCGCGUUCAGUGUCCGCACCUGAAUCGAAUGAUGUCGAGGCGGUGCAUCCCACCUUGAGUGAGCCCCAACCGCCAUUGCCGCAUUGGUCUGCUCCUGCGUCUGCAAUGGACGAGCUGAAUUCUGUUCCGCCACCUGCAGAGGGUCCUUCGCUGCGUCAGCUUCUCAGCACCCUCAAACGCGAACGCGCGCUAGCGUCCGCCCGCAACGAUUCGGCCAGCUCCCUGCACCUGUUGCAUUCUCUCACAACUCAGUCUAUUGCAGAGCUCGUAGACUAUAUCAUGAAGCAUGCAGACACGGAUGGCGACGGCUCCCUGUCCUAUGAGGAGUUUGUUGCUUGGACGACGCACGACACGACUCUGCUUGGGUGGUUUGAAGCGUUUGGAGGGGUCUUUUGAUGUAGUUAUUGAUCAAUCAAACUUUUAUGAGCAAAACAAGCAAUCAACACACACAC